AGAACUAGCGUUAGCUUUUUUUUUUUUUUCUAGCUGGAAGGUAGUUUGUAGAGGGGAUUGGGUUUUUAAAGGUAAAUAUGUGAAAUUUUGCUCUAAAAAUGUCUUCAGCUCAGCUUCAGAGAGACGCUAUCAACGAGGAGUUAACUCCUACCGAAGAAACAUUUACAGAUAUUGAAGAAAUCAUCAUAAAAUCAGAGGAAGAGAUCGAGGAUCAGGAUAGUCAGCUGGAUUCCAGCCAAACACCACCUUUCAUCCCAAUAGAUCUCCCAGAAAAUCGUCUGUUUAAAGAGGAAGGACUUUUUUCUGAGCUCAGCCAUCAGGAGGGGAACUUCACUUUAGACCACGAAGAGCCAGAACCUUUGCAAAUAUACCAGGGACAAGAGGAAGUAAGACAUAUACAGAUCAAAGAGGAAGAGAAGCAACUCUGCAUCAGUCAAGAUGAAGAGCAGCAUUUACUGAAACAUGAGAUUGGUGAGAUUUUGGCGUUUCCUUUUAAUGAGGAAACCCUCCACAAUGACAGGGACCAGCUCAUCUUUCAGGCAUUCCCUGAAUUUGAGACCCAGGAUCAAGAAGGCAGCUAUUCUGAAGCCCCAGGCAAAAAGAGACAUAAAGUUUCAGAAAAAAGAGAGAGAUGCCAGAAAACCAAGCAACAGAAAGUGAUUGCCAACUGUUCAAAACAAAACACACCCCAGAAAAUGCACCAAGACCAAAAUGCAUCUUCUUAUGAAAUGUUUGGUAACAUAUUUUCUCAAAACAGUCACUUGAAUACAGACUUGACAACUCGAACAACUGUGAAACCUUUCUCGUGUAAGACUUGUGAAAAAAGUUAUUGUACAAAAAAUGGUUUGAUAUAUCACAUGAGAAGUCACACAGGUGAGAAGCCCUUCUCAUGUACGACCUGUGGAAAGGGAUAUAGUGAAAGAAAUAGUCUAAAUUCUCACAUGAGAACUCACACAGGUGAAAAGCCUUUCUCAUGUAAGACCUGUGGAAAGAGUUACUAUGAUAAAAGUGGUUUAACUUAUCACAUGAGAACUCACACGGGUGAGAAGCCUUUCUCAUGUACAAUCUGUGGAAAGAGUUACUGUGAUAGAAGUGGGCUAACUUAUCAUAUGAGAAGUCACACAGGAGAGAGACCUUUUUCAUGUAAGAUCUGUGGGAAGAGCUACUGUGAUAGAACUGGUUUAACCAAUCACAUGAGAAGUCACACAGGUGAGAAACCUCACUCCUGUGAGAUCUGUGGGAAGAGUUACUGUGAUAGAACUAAUUUAACUGAACACAUUAGAACUCACACAGGCGAAAAACCUUUUUCAUGUGAGACAUGUGGAAAGAAGUACCGUAAAAAAAGUGGUUUAACUUAUCACAUCAGAACUCAUACCGGCGAGAGGCCUUUCUCAUGUAAGGCCUGUGAAAAAUGGUUCACUGAUAAAAGUCAUCUAGCACGUCACAUGAAAACUCACAGUGAAGAAAGACCUUUCCCAUGUAUCACCUGUGAAAAACGGUUCAACAGUAGAGGCAACUUGGCACGUCACAUGAGGACCCACACAAAGGAGAAGCCUUUCUUGUGUGUUACCUGUGGAAAAAGGUUUACUGCCAAAGAUAGUUUAACUCUUCACAUUAGAAGUCAUACAGGUGAGAAACCGUUCUCGUGUGUUGCUUGUGGAAGAAGUUUCAGUCGUAAAACCUCAUUAACUAUUCACAUGAGAAUCCAUACAGGUGAGAAGCCUUACAUGUGCAUUACGUGUAAGAAAGGUUUCAGUCUUAAAAGCCUUUUAUUAGUUCACAGGAGAACCCACACAGGUGAGAAGCCUUUCAGGUGCAUUACCUGUGAAAAACGUUUCAGUUAUAAAAGCCUUUUAACAGUUCACAUGAGAAUUCACACUGGCAGAAAGCCUUUCUCAUGUGUAAUUUGUAAAAAAGGGCUGAGUGAUAAAAAGAGUUUAAUAAAUCACAUGAGAACUCACACAGGGGAGAAGCCUUUCUCUUGCAGUAUUUGUGGGAAGGGUUACAUUACAAAAAAUUGUUUACUUUAUCACAUGCGGACUCACACAGGUGAGAAACCUUUCGCAUGUCCAACAUGUGGAAAAUGCUAUGGUGAAAAAAGUGGUUUAACUUAUCACAUGACCACUCACACAGGUGAAAGACGUUUCUCCUGUGUGAUUUGUGAAAAAGGUUUUAAAAAUAGAUAUGAUUUAAAACGUCACAUGAGAACGCAUGCAGGGAAGAUGCCAGUUUGUCAUGUGAAAAUAUGACAUGUGAAAAUAUUUCCACUAAAAGUAGGGCUCUGUAGAAAAUUGAUUGGAUCAAUUCAUUCAAUUUUAUGUUUAGGGGGACUUACUGGAAAAUAGGGGUUUGUUUCCAUUAAGGCACUACAUUAAUGUAUUUAAUUUAUCAUAUUUUAUAAUUAAAUAUAAUCGAGAAGAGAUUAUAAAAAUUGGUAGGAAAAAUACCAAAAAUAAAUUUUUUAGCCAUAUUGCCCUGCCCUAAUAACAAUGUCCAAUUUAUGGAAGAACUCACAAUGGCAAGAUGGUCUAAUGUGAACCUCAAGCAUAGGAUAACAUUGUAAACACUAGCAGAUAAGUAAAAUGUAUUUCAGAUAAGAGUUUCAACUGAAAUACUUAAAACUAGCCUCUUACAUUUAAAUUUUCGUUUUUGGAAAGUAAAACUUUUUAAGUUAAGUGUUCUUUAUAGGUUUCUAAAAUGAAAUUGUGUGUGUGUGUUUUUUUUUAUAUAUGAACUUAUAGACUGCGAGUUAUUUGCACAUUAUAAUAAGAUUGUAUCAAUAUCAGUGUAAAUGUCAUACAAUAUUUAUCAAAAGAUUUUCAUUUCAAUUCAUGUUUAGUACAGUAUACUGCCAGUUAUUUAAUGACAACCACAAAGGCAUUAGGCUUUCCAAGUCAUGAUUAUAUAUGAAAUUUUGUUGUAUUUUCUGUUUUAAUAUCUUGAAUUGACUCAUUGUUAAAACUACUCAGAAUUGUACACUUAUUCUUCUUUGUAUCCUGUCUAUCCUUAAGGAUAAUGUGAUUUAAUCAUCACAUUAUCCAUUUUUCAAAAAUUAUUAAUGUGAUGAUUAAAUAUUUAACUUAAAAGGGACUAAUAACAAUUCUUAUGCAAUAAAUAAGGUUUGCAUUAUAAUCUUCCUUUUAUGAGUUUACCAGAGGAUUGUAAACAAUUUAAAAUGUUAGAGCCAAAGUUAAUGUUUGUGUUGUUUUGAGCAUGGUAGAUGUUGUGGUGUGAUGCAUGUUAUUUACCUGAUACUUGCGACCCAUCGGUUUGUUGAGUGAAAGCUCCUCUUAAACUGUUUUUAUGACUGACACUAACGCUUUAUCUUCAUAUUUCAUUAACCAUAAACAAUGUAAGACAUUGUUUUAGUUCUAAAAUAAAUAUACAAAACCUGAGUUGGACUUGGCAUGGGUCAUUGGAGGUGCAUCUCAUAACACAACCAACUUACAGUAGCCAGCUUUAUUUAUAGGUCUGAUGCGUGUACAGGGUUGG